AUGGGAAUCCUCUUCGCUCGGAUAUGGAGGCUGUUCAACCACCAAGGUGAGAGAGAAAGGCAGACUCGGACUCCGGCUUCUCCCGAGUCCGUGCGGAGCUGCUGCUGCUGCUCGUCGCGUAGCCGAGGGAGGCCGACGGCGGGCGGACGGGUUUCGGGGUGUGAGGCGCCGCUUCUGCCUUCCUGGUGGCGCCCGAGGUCAAGAGAGCGAGGAGUUUGGGGGGGCAAAGAGGGAGCCCCGAAGGCACCUGAGGCAGCCGCUUCGGAGGCGCCCCCCCCCACGCAGGGCUGAGCAUCUGUUAUGGUCACCUUGCCUUAGGUGGGAUCAAAGUGCGGGCACAACUCACCCAACAGCUGAAUAAAAUCGUUCCCUGGGCGGGGGGCAAGGUGAAAAACGCUGCUGCUUUCUUUCUCCUGGUUCGGGUUGUAAAAAAGAAAGCGGGUGGGGGAAGGAAGCGCGCAGAACUAUUUUCCUGUGUGUAUGGGGAGCCGCUCUCGCUUAAGUGAAUGUAGGGAAAAGGGCAAUGCUGGGUCUCUCUUCAAAGGGCAGCUGUGGAAGAGGGAAAAAAGAUACUGAGAAUGCAAGUGAAGUGUUUUGAACAGUCGAAACGUGCUGUAAAAAAUACUAGAAUUAGCCGUUGAGUGGCGAUGGGUUCAGAGAAAUGCAGCAAGGGGAGCGCGUCUGACUGGUAUGUGCGGUGAAAGGAAGGUGGGAAGAACGACUUAGCAGCAUGUGUUGUAGGAGGGUAAUGAUUGUUUUUUAAACAGCUGGUGGCAUUGACCCUAAUGGUGGGAAAUUGGGGAGAUUAGAUUGGGCUUCUAGUGAGAAGCUGGCUUACAGCUGAUUGUGUUCUUGUGGUGUGUUUGAUUGAGGGAGAAUUAAGUAUUGCUCAGAAUUGAGAAGUCUGCAGUUAAUUUUCUGUUAUUGAUUGUGCAGUGUUGUACCUACUUAUAUCUUUCAAUGCUUGCCAAAUGCAGAACUCUUUUGAGAACCUCGUUAUUGGGUUGUUGUUUUUAUUUUUGAUUAUGUAUUUUGUGAUUUUAUAUUUUGAUUUUAUAAUAAUAAUAAUUUAUUAUUUAUACCCUGCCCAUCUGGCUGAGUUUCCCCAGCCACUCUUGUGAACUGCCCUGAGACCUCUGGGUAUAGGGCGGUAUAUAAAUAAAAUAAACAAUCAUAAUAAUGAUAAAUACUUGAUGAGCUUGUGGAGAUUCUCUGGCUGGAAGGAGAGCCUGCAGGGCAAGAGAGGUCCCAAGAAGUAAUUCUUUUCAGUGGCAAGAGUGAUGGAAGGUAGGCUGCAUGCACACUGUAUAUUUAACACACAUUUCAACACAAAAAAUCCUGGGCACUAGUUUACCUUUCACACAGCUACAGUUCCUAGCACCUUCAACAAGUUACGGUUCUCAGAAAUCUUUGGGAUAAAUGUUCUUUAAAUAUAUGAUGUGGAUGCAGCCUGAGGCUUAUGUUUUCAUCCUUUGUGUUCUGAGAAAGGGGUAUGCCACACUGUCUCUUUAUAGGCUUAGAGCUCUGCUUUCUGAGCAGGUGCCACCUGAAACCAUCUUUGAGAGCUGAAGAGUUGGUUGUCUUGUUUCCCCUUCAUCAAUAAUGGAAAAUCUGUAAGGGAACUGAGAUAAUAGGCUGUGUGGAGGAGUUAGGCAGCUAAGAGUUCCAUUUUACCUGCAUACCAGUGCAAAGUCAGCACCACAUCUUAUACCAAAGCUAUAAGCCAUACAAUGUAAGGGUUUUGUUUAAGCUGUUGUGACUUAGACACUGUUAGACGCUGUUAUAUGUCUGGUUUGAGUCUCUCUCUCAGAACAGUUGUUUUUCCUUUGAAAGACCACUGAAUACUACAGCAGUCAUAGGGUGGUAUAUAACAUGGUAUUCACCUGUCAUUGAAAUCAAUGCACUGUAGAGGAAAGACACACACUGUUAAACCUCUGCUAGAAACUGAGAUAUGAAAGCUAGGAGCUAAACGGCACCUUAAACCUAGGUUAUGGGUGCAACAACGGAAUGUCUAGGCAUGCUUUUUAAAUAACAGUAAUACAAAGCUGAAAAUGAAUGAACUGCAGCUAAAAUCUUAUGUUCAUUUUUCACAUGGUCUAGUCCUCAUUUGCAAAAAAACCCCCAAAGCCGUGCUUCCCCAGCCCACUCCCCUAAUAUUCUUGAGAAGGUUUCUUCUUUAGUCAUUAGAGAGUGACUGGAAGUGGGGAGGCAGGAAAGGGUCCUCCUUUCCUUCCACUGUGCAGUUUUAAUCUGAAAUCUUAGGCGCAGUACUGUGCCGAGAGCUCAGAUACUGCUUGCACUAAUGAAAUUUCCUGUUGCAAAAUGCGCCCAGAGCAAUAGGAUUUUUGAACACUGUGUUGAACACAUUACUAUAAUCCAACCUGGACAUAGGAUUCUUUAUUAAUCAUUCAGCUCUGAACAUUUUCUUGCUAAGUCUGAAACAAGUUCAGACUAUAUAUAUUUUCAAACAUAGGAAGUUAGAAUUUGCAGAUAAAGAGCUGAAUGAUUAAUAAAGACUCCUGUGUCGCUAUAUGAGCCAUUGCUUCCUUGCCUUGGGAGAAAGCUGGUCAUUUGAGACAAGUGUAGCUACCGUUUCUUGUGGUUGUUAGCACAUUUCCUGUAGGUCAUACAGUAACUAGUAUGAUUGCUUUUGAGUGUAACAAAAUAGCUAGCUGGUGUGUACUAAUUGAACUACAGUUAGUGUUCUGUUUACAAAAUGCAAUAUUAAAUAGACAGAAUUCAACUAUGAACUUGGUAAAUUAGUGUUAAGAUACAGCAUAAGUAAUUUUCCAUUCAACUUUGUUUCUUUUCCCAAAUUGAGAAGAUUAAAGGUGCACGUGAGCUUAGAUGUAAAGUAUGCAGUGCUUUGACAAUGUGAACAUGAAGCAUGAGUGCCCCUAAAACUUAAGCAUAGUAUGCCAACCAGGCCAAUGUAACUUUAAGUAUCAAAGACAUGGUAAAAAGAUUGUCAAGAUACCUGGGGUUUUCCAGGCUUGCUUGCACUUCUCUAUUGAUGCAUGUAUGGACAUUCUUACAAAACCUUUGCCCCACUGACCUUAUCAGUUCACUAUCUUUGUAUGCUGGGGAGAUGGAGGUUUCUUGAUUGAAUCCACCCUGGAAUCUGCUGGUGAAGGUCAGGAAAUAACAUUUAAUAAUAAUGGAGGAGGGGUGGGGAGUGGAGGGCCCCUUUGUGCAGCAGAAUGCAAACAACCAUUUGAUGUUUUCAGGUAUUUCCAUAGUUCUUACAAGUACUGUUUGUGAAACUUCAAGGAGCUGUUCCCAACCCUCACCUAGUGCUGUAUCUUCAUAUACACAAGAUGGGUGAUUUCUGGUGUGUGGAAAUCAAUUUCUAUGCAUGAGGAUUGUUUCUUGCUGCACUGGGGCGCUCACUGAAACAACUUUCUAUGUUAUGUAGCUCUGUCUAGUCUUAACUGAUCUGUCAGAAAGCAGAAGAACUUACUGUGGCCUGAUUGGAAAACUCCAAAAUUGCUUACUUUACAAAAAGCUGGUGUAAUUUCAGUGUUGCUUCAAAUACAAGGGCCUCUGGGGACUUGGGCUUACCAUCAAAGACUUUUAUUUAUACUUUCAUUUAAACAGUUCUUCAGUUAAAUUUGAAUAUAUUUGCACAUUAUCAAAUCCCCAAUAAAGAUAGUUUUUUGAGGACACCGUUACCACUACUUGAAAGGAAGGAAUAUUGAAUCUGUUCUCUCUCCCUCCCAAUAUAGUAAUUUUUUGACUUUCAAAUAGUGGACUCUUCCAUGGCAGGGAACGUUCUCUAAAAGACAGAAUGCCUGCUACUGAUUUUCCCCCACAGCUUGUAGGGGUGUGUGUGUGUGUGUGUGUGUUCUCUCAGUUAAUGUGGCAUGAAGCUGAAAUACCACAGGCUUGACCAGUUCAUGUGAAUUGAGCAUAUGCCCUAAAACAGGCUUCCUCAAACCUGGCCCUCCAGAUGUUUUGAGACUACAGUUCCUGUCAGAUGGCAAAGGUGGUUGCUCACGAGUAACCAGGCAGGACUCCAACCUGUCUUUUACAGGUUUUAUUUAGAUGCAAAACUAUUCACAGUUCAGAACCCCAAAGUUCAUGUCUGCCUCAAUCGCUAGCAGAAUCCGGGAUUGCUUGUUUCCUGGACCUUCCCCAACAUAAAAGCCUCGUUACGCCCAGCCUUUUACUUCCUUCUUUGUGCUUUAGACUUCUGCGCAGGGUGGGCGACGGAAGGGGCAUGCUUCCCUCCUGGCUGGCUUGGCCAGGAGCGGUGCUGAGGCUCCCACCAGCAUCCUCUGGUCCUUCCACCUCUUCCCCACUGGAGGUGGGGCUUUCCUCAUCACCAGAAGAGGAACUGCUUCGCAAGAUUUUCAGAGGCUCCCUGUAACACAACUGCCCCUCUGUUUCUCGCCCCUGUUCUGAUGGCGGUUCCCUGACCACUGGUCCUGCUUGCUAGGGAUCAUGGGAGUUGUAGGCCAAAAACAUCUAGAGGGCCGAGUUUGAGGAAGCCUGCCCUAAAACAUCUUUUCAGAUGCCCAAGUAUUUUGUGGUAGAUACAUGAGCCUCCUUGGCAGAUGUUAAUGUGGAAAGGGCUUUCUGAAGGUAAAAACCGAGAAAAGUAAUAUCUCAAAAACCAAGACAGCUAUAAAAAGUAAGCAAACAUUCCUUUAGGCUUAGCCCAAUCCAUAAUUAAAUCAGUUGCGGAAAAUUUUAAUCUAAUUCUUUCGUUGAUUUAGCUACUGAUUAAAUCAUGCAACCUUACUAGAAACCUUAGAUUGCCAAAAGAAAUAAAUAACUCACUCAAGUUGCUAAUCAAUUAGUGUAGGCACUUAAGACCCCCCUCCUUCUUUGUCAUGCUGCAGAUCUUUUGUUCCAAGUGCUUCUUCAUCAUUCAUCCUGCCAGCAAUACAAUAUAAUUCUCAAACUUCAGUAUAGCUACUAAUGUUUUGGUGGGAUUCAGGAGAGUUGCCUAUGAUUUUUUUAACAAUAUUGUGCUGUUGUGCAGUAGAGUUUAAUAUUCCCUAUUGCUAGAAACAUUCUGCAAAACCCCACACUAUUGAUUUAAAAAUACUUAGCUUGUCCUUCUAUAACAUUUUCUCCUAUUUUCCCCACUUAAGUGCAUCAGUGUGGUUUAUUUUAUGUUGAAGUAAACACUGGCCUGGUUUGCAUGUAUUUAAACCACUAUCCCAUAAAAUUUCCACCAAUUUCCACUAAAGCCCUCAUGUCCUAUCUGGUGGCUUGCCUCUGCUGCAUGUUAAAGAAAAAUGCUUGGCAUUACCCUUUUGAAAGCAGGAAGAAGAAACUUUGAAAACCUGCCUGGUGCAGAACAAGUCCUUUAGCAAGUAUGGGAAGCUUAUUAUUUGUUUUUGUAUGAUAAAUAAAGUAGUCCUUCUGAAAAGGAACUUGGCACACAAUGAUUAUGUUAUUAUUUAUUUACUGAAGCCCUGCCUUUCCAGCUUUAAGAUCUACAAGGUGCCUGAACAACAAAACAAUUACCAACAUUGUGGUGGUAUACAUAGAGAGAUGUGGCAUGAAGAUUCCCAUAACUUGUAUAGGUUGCUUAAUACUGCAUGAGAGACCAGGGGUGCCGACUCGAAUGAAAUGUUGUUGGGGUCCAGGUAAGCCCCGCCCUGCAUAAUCAAUCAUAUGACGCAGUGCACACACACCAUUUGAAUGGGAAUGCUAGUCAACUUUGUGGGGGACCAGCCCCCUCAAAUAUUUUAUUGUGGGGGCUGAAGCCCCUACAGCCCUUAGGAGAUGGCUCCUAUGUGAGAGACUUAAUAUAGUAUGAAAGACUGGUACCAGUAUACAGUCAGGCCCUGCUUGGGAGGGAGAAGGGGAGGAAGUAGUCAUGUUAUUGCUUGUAUGGCACUGUAUUACCAGGUACAGGUGAGUGAGUGAGCUGGUUGUAUAUUUACAUUUAAUGUUGCCAAGGUGUUUUUUUAAUGCCAGAUGUAUGCUUAAUGACAAGUGGUUGGUUGGGGAUUAGCUGUGUUACGGUUAUGAUUGGUAAGAAUGGUUGAGAGCAUGUGAGAGAGUGCUCAGGGAGAUGUUACUGUGGGAGAUGUUGGGGGGGGGCUAAAUCACUUACCUUGUUUAGCUGCUAAUGAUGCUUUAAUAUGUGGAAUUGUAUUGCAUUUUUGUAUUGGUAUUUGUCCUUGUGUUUUUUAUGUUUAAGAUAAUGGACCAGAGUCAGCUAACAGGUCCCGCUAGUGGAAGCCUGCACAAGGAUUUCUGCUAGAGCAGAAGGGCUUAACCCUAUCUCCUCCUCCUACGCUCAUCCCAAUUGGUUCUGGACAGGUGGGAGAACCCCCAGAACUCGGGGGGGGGGGAGAGAAGUGGGGAAAUCACUCCACCAGGCAAGCGGAAAUGCUUGCACAAAUGGGAGAGAUCUCCUAAGCGCUAUGUUGAAUUCCUCCCAAUAUUUUGCUUUCUUGUUUGCAUGCUGCCUUUAAAUGAAGGUGUUUUUUGAGUUUUAUUCACAGUGUUUUAUUUUGAUCUUUUAUAAUGUUAUACUUAAUGUUUAAAGAUACACUGUAAAUAACUUGGAUUUCCUUUGGAAAUGUGAUGCAAUAUAGAAAUUAUCUAAAUAAAUAACUAGCUCCUCAUUUGCUCUCUUUUUUCCCUCCCUCCCCUCCAGAGCACAAAGUGAUCAUUGUUGGCCUUGAUAAUGCAGGAAAAACAACCAUUCUUUAUCAGUUGUAAGUAUGAAGUUGUAUGAACAGGUGACUAAAACUGCUUUUCCAGAUCAGGAUGCUGAACUAGACAAACUUUGCUUGUUACCUGCCAGUAGUCUGCCAGAUUCCACAGGACUCGCAAUCCAAACGCAAUGCACUCUCAGGAAAUUGUUAGACAUUGUAACAAAUUGUAAGAAAUCAGUUAUUUCCAUUGAUUCCUGUGGAGGAAUUUCUAAUGCCUUCCUGAUCCCAAAUGACAAAAAACCUGAGGAAACCCUCUGAAACUACACCUUUGAAACUUUAUAUGUAAUAUUGAGGUAGGGGGAUACUUGAGAUUACCAUUAUAAUGGUAUUAUGUAGGCAUCAUUCAGAGCCAGAUUUUGUGAUUUGGAGAAUGCUGUGUGGUACAGCUCUCACUGGCCCAUAUCACUUCCGCUUAUAGGUGUGGCAUUGCCUACCUGAAUGCUCCUACAUUUAGAAGAGAAUUGCAUUGUUAGAAAGAAUUGCAAUUGUUAGAAAGACAGUGCAUAUUUUAAAUGAUGUAAAUCUUUCCUUCUGCCUACCCAGGAAUCUCAGUUUGGACUUAGGCAUGAAACAGGUCUAGGCAACAGUCAGGUUUUGUUUUUUAAAAAUGGGUAUCAGCUAUUGCUGCUUUGUGCCAGAGCGCUAGCUGUACACUUAUAACCUUCAGCACCUAGCAGAGACUAAUUCAGUCUGCAACUUCCAUCUUGUAACUGAGUCCGAAUGCAGCUUCCAUGCCACAGCACCCAGCCUACUUCUUGUACUUCUGUACAUCCUCCCCCACUUGGCCCAUACCCUGUUUUUGUUCUAACAUCUCACACCAUGAAGCAUUUUAGGGAACUUGAAAGCUUGCUAAUUAUUUUGUGAAAUUUAGUAGAUUCCAAUAUAAAUAUUGACAAACUAUGGAUUUUGGAGUUCUAAAUUGUAUGGUGUUUCAUGCUACCUUGAAUGUCUCCAAAAAGCAGCUGUACUGAGGUUCUGGAGAUAUGCUAACCUCUUAAAUUUAGUUGCUGAAUCAAGUGAAAACUCUUAAAUUAGUUAACUGUCUUAUUGAAAUUAAAUUUCUAAAAGGUUUUCUCCUAAAAGUAAUAACAGUUUUGUUUGGAAUUGUGAACAGCAUUGUCUUCUGCCAAGUUAAGUGUGAUAGCCAUAUUUUCUUCUGACCUUGUAACGUGGUAACUGUUUACUGAUACACUGAGUCUGUAGGUUACAUAGUCCAAAUAUGCUUAAUGCAAAUAUGAUCCACAUUUUCUUGAAGCUGCACCCACAUGAGCAGUUUGACAUGUGACUCAGUGCACCCUGGACAUAGCUGCAACAUACCAGAGUUGUGUUUGCAGUUUACACUGGCAGUUUGAUAAAAAUUCUGCUUGGGGGUAUUGUGUUGUCUAUACCUAGGCUAUGCUAUGUCACAUUUUGAUCUCAAAGCAACUACAAGCAUAACUGCAGCUGAAUGCAGCUCAGACUGCAGAACAGAAAGAAAUCUAGACUAAGGAGACCGAGGCAGAACAUACAUCAUUCUUACAUUUUCUUCUCCUUCCUUUGCAGUUCUAUGAAUGAAGUAGUGCAUACCUCCCCAACCAUUGGAAGCAAUGUAGAGGAGAUUGUGGUUAAUAAUACACGUUUUCUUAUGUGGGAUAUUGGAGGCCAAGAAUCACUUCGAUCUUCAUGGAACACAUACUAUACAAACACUGAAGUAAGAAUUUGUAUAAUAUAAUGCAAUAUUCAGCCAUAAUUAAUGCUUUGUCUUCUUGAGUUCAAUGAGGAGAGUAAAGGGUUUGCAUUGGCAGUAUCAUGCCCUUAGUUACUAAGGGAUCAUUCAUAUAUAUAUAUAUAUAUAUAUAUAUAUAUAUGUAUGUAUGUAUGAAUGUAUAGUGGGGGCUAUAGAGAUUAUUCAGACCAAAAAGAGAAAGCAUUGACUAUUUUGUAGUAAUAUUAAUAGCUUUAAGUAUGCAUAAUGAGGACUGUGCAUAAUGAGGGUGCCUCAACAAUUUUUAUAACAAAGCUUUUUGGGGGCAGGGGUAACCUUAAUCUUUCUGUACAUUGGGGUGGGCUUAGGAUGUAUAUGAACAGUCUUUAUUUAGUAAUCACUUUUAGUUUGCAGUUACUCAUUUUAAUGUUAAAUUUGUUUGAAUUAUAUUACAUCAGUUUUUUAUGACACGAGUCAUUUUGAGACAUUUUUGUGAAAUGACUACUAAAUUAAAUGACGAUAACUCUUGUUUUUCUUUUAGUUCGUGAUAGUUGUUGUGGAUAGCACAGACAGAGAGAGAAUUUCUGUAACUAAAGAAGAACUCUAUAAAAUGUUAGCACACGAGGUGAGUAUGUGCUGGGAAUUUUUUAUCUAGCUUAAAAAAAUGCUGCAAUAAGUCCCUGCCUUAAUGCUAAAGUUCUGUUUCUGACUUCCAUUUAGGUAAUUAUUUCAAGAGGGUUCGUUUUCUUAUAGCUGAGGAGCUUUUAGAUUUGAUACAAAUCUCUGGGGCUGUCACCUCUUCUUCAGACUUUUAAGAGGCCCCCAAAAGAUUUUCACAUGUGACUAUUUAUAGUUGCCAUACUGCCUUUUGUGUGAAACUGACAUCAUUGUUAAAAAUCCUGUGUAGUUUGAGAACAGCUGCUAUUGGCCUCAAAACUCUUUCAAAAAUAAAACAAAAACCUUAGUAGUUGUCAAGUAGUCAGAAUGGCACCACUAUAGCCUGCCUGCAUUCUCCCUUUACAUACUGAAAGGCUGUGUUUCCAGCACACUUAAAUUUAUUUAGAUCUUUUACAUUUGAGAGUUGGAGUAGGGAACCUCAGGCCUAGGGGCUGAAUGUAGCCCUCUAACAUCAGAAAUAGGUGUAUGGGAUAUUAGUUGCAUUGACAUGAAUGAUAAAACAAGUGGCACAGUAUAUUACUAUAAAACCUUUAUUUAGGUUUUCCUCACUCCAGCUUUUACUUCAUUCUGUGUUGGAAGGGAGAAAUGUUUUGUAAAGUUGCGCUUGUGACUUUUAACACAAAAAAAGAGGGAUCAAUGGACACUGUUGGUGAUAUAAAAAAAAAAUCCACUUGAACUUAAUUUCUGUGUAUUUACUAAAAAUAAAGUAGGUUCAUAGGACUGAGAAAACAAACUUACAUAGGGAAAAUCAGUACAGUGGUACCUCUGUAUAAGUCCGCCCCGUCCAGCAUCCAUUUCGGCGGACGUCCACGGCAAACCCAGAAGUACCGGAACUGGUUACUUCCGGGUUUGCUGGUCGUGCAUGCGCAGAAGCGCAAACCGCUCCGCGUGCGUGUGCAGAGCGACGCUUUGUCGAGUGUCUGGAGCUCUGGAAUGGAUCCUGGACUCAAAACAAGGUACCACUGUACACCUGUUUUUGCUCAUUCUAGCAGCUUCCUCAUUGUUUCUCUUUCAAACCUUCAAAACCUGGUGCCUGUGAUGGCAAUGAUAGGCCAGCUUCCUAAUCAUGCCCCAGCAUUUAAGGCUAUAGUGCUUGCAAACAAGGACUCUUGGUUGCUGCCAUGUUUCUUCACAUCUAGCACCUCCUGGGAACAUAGGCAGGGAGUGGAGAAACAUAGUGGCAGUCAGAUCUCUUGCUCUGUUGACCUUGGUUUUAGUUUUUAAUGUACUGGAGGUGAACAGAAAGCCUGUCACAGAUGGUGUCAUCAAAAUGUGGGAUUUGGGGUGGUGUGGUGGUGGUAAAUAAGCCAGUGUUCUGGUAAGUAUGCCCUGAAACUAUACAGACCAGUUUGGGAUCUACCCUACCCCAGCCAAAUACUGUACUGCAGUUUCAGGGAACCUCAAAGCUUUCCCCAAAACAGUGAACCUAGUUCCUUCUAGGCACAAUGGAAGCUUAUUCUUUUCUAAGAUAGAGUUAUCAAUUCCCCCUUUCUUAGAAUUGCUGGAAGGUCACCUUUAUUUGGGUUGGCCUCUACACCAUUAGGUUGCAUGGGACCACCGUAGUGUGGCUUUACAUUUUAAAAAAGCAGGUGUUAUUUAUCAUGCUGGCUUAUCAUGUUGACUAAUGGGGAAACAAAUUGGAGACAUUUUCUUUUUUUUUCCUCUCUAGGACUUGAAAAAAGCAGGUUUGCUCAUCUUUGCUAACAAACAGGAUGUUAAAGACUGCAUGACAGUAGCUGAAAUUUCUCAGUUUCUGAAGCUAACCUCAAUUAAAGAUCACCAGUGGCACAUCCAGGCAUGCUGUGCUCUUACUGGCGAAGGGUAAGAAGUCUUUGGUUCAUCGAUACUUUUCUGAACAGAUCUGGUACAUGCAACUAAUCAAGAGCAAUACUUAGUAAACCAGUUAGGUAAAUUUAUUCCCACUGUCUCCAUAUGAUAACAUUUCACCAGUUAAUACUUUCCUUUUACAGAACUAAAAAGUAAGGAAUCUACCCAAAUAUAUUUUAUUCAUAUAUUAUUAUCAUAUAACAUAUAUUCACCUUUCCAUGGUUUUUCUAUUUGUAUAGGUAGGAAGUAAAAUCUUGAAGAAUUUGUCCUUAAAGCAUAAUGAGCUGUUGAGGGGAGAGGUAAAUGAUGGGAAAUAUGAAGCAAAGGGGAGUUAGCCUUUAUGGCUCCCUUGUUUUUAGCAGUUGUGUAGAUGGAAGAAUUCUGGGCUCACCAAAAUUCUAUCUUUUAUGUAACUGUUAAGGAUACAGUGGAAAACAGGUAAAUGAUAGCUUUUGGUGGAAUAUAAAAAAGAGCUUUUGUAAUUCGUUAAAAGCACAGAAAUGGCACAUACAAUAGUAGGGAAAACAGGUGUUUCAGUUAGAUGAAGUAUCUCUUCUUUGCACUUGUGUGUACCAAUGGAUAAACAAAUGGAACCGGCAUCAAUUAACAACACUCCAUAUAUUUUAAUUGUAGUAAUAAUUUAGCCUUCCAAAGGAUAAUGCAAAAGUUUCUAGCCCUUGAAGCAUUUCACUAGCCCAACUGUCCACAAACCCAUGUACAAGCAGCAACCAUUUUGUGCAUAUCCAAAUUAUGCAUGACGGUCUUUUGGACCCAGAAGAGGACAGAAUGGGGGCAGGGCAAAAUGGUCACCACCUAUAUUGAUAAUCUUUUUAUGUCCAUGGACAAUAUUUUUAAAAGUUCCAGUUUUUUAAAAAAGUCUUUGCCAGUUACUAGUUGAUAAAUCAUUGCAACAAUCUUUCAUGGUACAAGAAGCUUAUUGUUAUUCCCAUAUUGCAGUUAAUGUUUUGGUGCUGGCUGACAGUGGUUUUUGAAGCUACCUUUUAAGGCGAUAUUUGAAUGGCCAGAGGUUGAAGUUUCUCAUACAUAGAUUAUGUAUGUAUAUAUAAACAAGGAAGUAACCACUUUUUUCUGAAUUUAAAUGUUUCAUUUGCAGAUUGUGCCAAGGACUGGAAUGGAUGAUGUCAAGACUUAAGAUCAGAUGA